AUGGAUAUUGAGGAGGGUGGAAUCCAAAGAAAGUUACAGUUACAGGAGUUGGAGGAGAUUCGCAAUGAAGCCUAUGAGAAUGCGGUAAUUUAUAAGGAGAAAAAUAAGAUUUUUCAUGACCAACAGAUCUCAAGGAGGACAUUCGAGUGUGGGCAAAAAGUUCUACUAUACCACUCCAAAUUGAAAUUAUUUCCAGUGGAGAUCCAAAGUUUGAAAACUGAGAAGAAAUUUGUAAUGAAUGGUCACCGUCUCAAGCCAUAUUAUGAAGGUUUUCCAACUGAACGGGUGGAGAUGAUGCACUUGGAGGACUCGAUUAGCUUAGUUUAA